ACAAAAGAGAAAAAAGCACAGCUUCUUCUCUCGCAAAUCUCUCCUCCUCUGCCUCCACCGCUGUCGGAUACAGCUCCAGAAUCGCGGAAGAGAAGCUUCAAUGCCUUCACAGAAGGGCUCAUUGCCUGAGAAUCUUGACGACGGCGAUGACACCGAGUAUCAUCACCUGAACCACGGUAAGGAAUCUCGAAACGAAGACGAGGUAGAGAGAGCUGAAGAUGAGGAGACGGAGCAGCAAGGGCAGCAGCUGAAAGAGGAGCAACUAGAAGAAGGACAAGAUAAGGAACAGAAACUGGUAACGCAAUUGGCCGAUGACAAGGACGACGACGACGACGACGACGGGGAUGAUUCUGAUGAAAGCGAAUCCUCUCGCUCGGAAGAGAAACCAGAAUUUGUCUUGGUAGAACUGCCAGAAAUUCGUAAAGAUGUACAAUGUCCAAUUUGUUUAGGAAUAAUAAAGAAAACACGAACUGUUAUGGAGUGCCUGCAUCGUUUUUGCAGGGAGUGCAUUGACAAGUCAAUGAGACUGGGAAACAAUGAGUGUCCUGCGUGCCGUACACAUUGUGCUAGUCGACGUUCUUUAAGAGAUGAUCCAAACUACGAUGCCCUAAUUGCAGCUUUGUAUCCAGACAUUGAUAAAUAUGAGGAGGAGGAGCUGGCAUUCCAUGAAGAGGAAAGGACCCGAAAUAAAAAGAUUCAGGCAUCAAUUGCCCAAAUAUUUCAACGACAAUCCGAAGCCCUUGUUAAGCGACGCGGUAAAGACAGCACUGGGUGUUUUAUGACAAGAUCACAACGCAACCACCGGAGUGCUCAUUUAAGGAGACGGAAUUCUCGAGGUACUGAUCAUCAAGGAUUUGAAGACAAUGAGGAUGAAAAUGAUAAUAAUGAGGAAAAAGAUUCAUCUUCCUCUGAAGAGCAGGGUGCAGAAGUCAGGCAGAGAAGGCGCAAAAGACGGCCAGGAACUCGGUCAUCCCACCCUGCAUCAGUACUGAACUUAGAUGGUGGCUGUGCUGAAAAUGAUGUAGAAAUGUCCAGAGAGAGUAGAGGAAUUUCACCUGGACUUGUGUGGAAUCCAGAAAUGCUUGCUUGGGGCGGAGGUGGUGCUCGAAGUCACACACGUCAUGGAAAUUCUAGUGCUGGCAGUAGCAAGAAUCAACGAAGUGCUCGUUUGAAUAGGCUGGUAGAGUAUCUCAGGACCUUGGAGGAUGGAAGAUUGGAGGAAAACAAUGAUGAGGUGAAUUUUCAUCUCAAGCUUAUUUCUUUGGACAAACAAAAUCCGCUGAUGAGGUUGCAGCAGCCAUAUCUUUGUUCUAGGCCAAAUCUGUCAGUUAAGCAGCUAUGUGAAUAUGUUGCUCUUCAGACACCCCUGCGAGCUGCAGAUGUUGAAAUAUUAUUGGCAAAAGGGGAAGAUAUUGCUGAUGACCAUCCAUCCGAUCCCCCUCCAACAUCAGAGGAUAAAUCAGAGGAUAAACUACAAAUUUUGGAUGAUCAAGAAACUCUGGCUGGGAUUAGUAUGAAUUGCGCCAAGUCUAGAGGUCAUUUGGUACUAGCAUACCGGCAAAGGCAGACUGGCUAGCAAAUUUAUGCCGAAAGACCAUUGCCCUACUACAGGGAAGAAAAAGAAGAAGAAACUCACUGAUUUAUUGCAACUUGUACGUAGAUACACAGAAUAAGUAUCUUUUUUGUCUCAUUGAAGCAAUAAUUAAUACAAAAAAGGUGUUAUGCACUUCGGAUUACAUCGAUGCAUAAUACUUAUCAUUAGAUGGGGUGAGUUGCCUCUCAUCCAAUGGCUCAUGUUUUUACAAUUCAGUGCAAUCUAGACUAUAAAACAAGGAGCUCUAAUUAGUAUCUAUAUUGGUCUGAUUUUCCUACUAGAUGAAAAUCCAUAACAUCAGGAGUUGGUUAGAUUAUCCUUUUCUUGUACUUUUUUUACAUAUAUUUUUUAUUUAUUUUUGUAUACUUUUUUUUAUAAUGUUCUGCUACAAAGCAAAUAAAAGGUCUGGAAUUUU